AUGCGCGAGGAUAAGGAGAACGAUACGAUGGAUAACUGGGACGAGGAAAAGCUACGAAAAGUCGUCCUUUCAAAAGCUGGGAAUCCACGGACGACGACCGAUAUCGUCUGCAAAUACUUUAUCGAGGCGAUUGAGACGAAAAAGUUUGGUUGGUUCUGGGAGUGUCCGAAUGGUCAGGACUGCAUGUAUCGACACGCGCUUCCGCCAGGCUUUGUACUCAAGUCGGAGAAAAAGGCGCUCGACGAUGCGGCCAAGGCGAACACAAUCUCUCUCGAAGAGUUUCUGGAAGUCGAGCGGCACAAAUUGGGACCGAAUCUCACACCCGUGACCCCCGAAACGUUUGCCCAGUGGAAAAAAACUCGACUAGACAAGAAGGCUGCAGAGCAAGAAGCGUUGAAAAAGGCAAAGGAGACACAAAAUGCUGCUGGUCGCUGGUUUGAAGAGGAGGAUGACGAAGGAGAUGCAGAAGAUGCAGAAGGUGGUGGAUGGGAUAUUGAGAGGAUGCGAAAGGAGACCGAGGCAGAGGCAGAACGAGAAGAGGAACUACGGAUGGAAGAAAUGCGAAAGGAGUUUGAAACAACGUCUGUAUAA